GUUUUCUCUCUCUCCGGCCACCGAAGCUCAAUUUUCUCUCGGAUUCUGCAUCCACUUCAUGGCAGUUAAAUUGCACAGCAGCAGCAACUUUCUACCGUUAAGCUCCUCGAAUUGUUGGCUUUCGAAUGGUUCCCCUUAUGCAAGCAGAAAAGGGUCGGACUUGCAUUGCAUACUAUUAAGUAAAUGGGGUAGUUCAAGGAAGGGGUGUCUCAUACAACAUGAUUUGUUAUCGAACAGUGGUCAUAGUUUGGUGGGCUGUAGAAAAUGCUAUUUAAUGUUUUCGAGACCUAGAAGGAGGGUACAUCUGUUCCCAUUUGCCUCUUCUGACGAUGGUGUAACUGUCAAUGGAAGCCCCCAACCUGGCACCAGUACAGACCUUGAAAAAAUGAGGGUGAAAUUGAAUAGGUCAGUGGAAGAUGAAGACUUUUGUGAUGGACUUGUCCAAGCUUUAUAUGACGCAGCCAGGGUUUUUGAGCUGGCAGUUAAAGAGCAUAAAUCGUACUCACGAGUAUCUUGGUUUUCAACAGCCUGGCUUGGGGUAGACCAAAAUGCAUGGGUGAAGGCACUGUCAUGUCAGGCUGCUGUGUACUCCUUAUUGCAUGCUGCAAGUGAAAUUUCAUCCCGAAGUGAUGGUAGAGACAGAAAUGUCAAUGUAUUUGUUCAAAAGAGUUUGCUAAGGCUGUCUGCUCCCCUAGAGAGUUUAAUCAGAGAAAAAUUAUCAACAAAACAGCCUGAAGCAUAUGAAUGGUUUUGGUCAGAGCAAGUUCAAGCUGUAGUGACCUCCUUCGUUAAUAAGUUUGAAGGGGAUGGACGCUUUACUGCUGCCAUUGCUUUGUCUGGAAAAAAUAUGGGUUUAAGUGGUGCAAGUGACGUAUCACUUCUCCUGCUUGCACUAACAUGCAUUGCUGCAAUUGCUAAACUUGGCCCAGCAAAAGUUUCUUGUUCACAAUUCUUUUCCAUGACUACAGAGAUAACUGGUAGUUUGAUGGACAUGCUGGUUGGUAUAAUUCCUAUAAGUCAAGCGUAUAAUUCUAUAAAGGAUGUUGGUCUGCAAAGAGAAUUUCUUGUACAUUUUGGUCCUAGAGCCGCGGCUUGUAGAGCAGAAGUUGAGUGGGGUUCAGAAGAGGUUGUUUUCUGGGUAAAUCUUGCUCAGAGGCAGCUGCAGCAAGCUAUUGACAAGGAGAAAAUAUGGUCAAGGCUGACAACAUCUGAAAGUAUUGAGGUUUUGGAGAAGGAUUUGGCUGUAUUUGGGUUCUUUAUUGCUUUAGGCAGAAGUACACGGUCAUAUCUUUUGGCAAAUGGUUUUGAUACACUAGAUGAUUCAAUUGAAGAUUUCAUCAGGUAUCUGAUUGGAGGCAGUGUUUUAUACUACCCUCAGCUCUCAUCCAUUAGUUCAUAUCAAUUGUAUGUGGAGGUAGUUUGUGAAGAGCUGGAUUGGCUUCCUUUUUAUCCGGGAAUCACCAGCAUUACAAAACAGUUACACAUGCAUAGAAGUAAACAAGACAAUCCUCCAAAUGCUGAAGCAAUGCGCCAAGCAUUUGAUGUUUGCUCUCAUUGGAUGCAGAGCUUUAUUAAAUACAGUACAUGGCUGGAGAGUCCCUCGAAUGUGAAAGCAGCUGAAUUUCUGUCAACAGGGCACAAGAAGUUGAUGGAGUGCAUGGAAGAACUUGGGAUGAUAACGGAUAAGAUGUUGGAGAGUGAUACCAAGAAAACAGUUGACAGACAUAGAUCUACAGUUCAGUCAACUAUAAAAGAGUCAGAUUCGUUUGAUGAGGCAUUGAAAAGUGUUGAAGAAGCUGUGAUAAGACUUGAAAAGUUGCUUCAAGAGUUGCAUGUAUCAAGCUCUAGUUCUGGAAAAGAGCAUUUGAAAGCAGCCUGUUCCGACUUGGAAAAAAUACGUAAACUUAGGAAAGAAGCGGAAUUCCUGGAGGCAUCGUUCAGAGCAAAAGCUGAUUCUCUGCAAGAGGGAGUUAAUAGUGGUCGGACCUAUACAUCAGCUGGUGAAGAAGACGAGUACAUGAAAGGGAAAACCAGAAAGAAUGCUAACGUUAGGGUGGACAGGAGCAAAAGAAAUGUUGGAAAAUCUCGUGGAUUCUGGAGCAUCUUUGUACGUCCUGUCACCAAAAAGCCUAGCCUGGAGUCUGAUGUGGACGCUAAUGAAAAUUACAUUGAACAGUCUACACCAAAUGUUGGGGUUGUAGACCAAGAAUCCAAUGAAAUCCAACGUUUCGAGCUUUUGAGAAAUGAGCUAAUAGAACUUGAGAAACGGGUUCAAAGAAGUGCCUAUCAAUCAGAAAAUAAUGAGGAUUUGGUGGUUAUUGAUAAUGGUGCCCGUUAUAGUGAUGAUGCUAGAGGCGUUCAGAUAGCCAGGGUUCAGAAGACAGAAAGUAUCCUAGAGAAAUCUUUUGGCAAACUAAAAGAAACAGGAACGGAUGUCUGGCAAGGAACUCAACUCCUCGCUAUUGACGUUGCUGCUGCCAUGGGUUUGCUUAGAAGGACCCUGAUAGGGGAUGAAUUGACUGAGAAGGAGAAGAAAAUACUUAAAAGAACCUUGACAGACAUGGCUUCAGUUGUUCCUAUUGGUGUUUUAAUGCUUCUUCCAGUUACUGCAGUUGGUCAUGCAGCCAUGUUGGCUGCUAUUCAGAGAUAUGUACCAGCUCUGAUUCCAUCCACUUAUGCACCAGAAAGGUUGGAUCUCUUGAGGCAACUUGAGAAAGUGAAGCAAAUGACAACCAGUGAUACGGACUUGGAUGAGGAAGUGGAUGAAGUGAAAUGAUCAGAAGCAAUGCAGAUGUAUG